AUUGAUUCUGAGAAAGAGUGAAACUAACAUGGUGCUGAAAGUAUAUGGUCAUCGAAUUUCUGAACCAUCUCGUGCAGUUAUCAUCUUCUGCAAGAUAAACAGGAUAGAUUUUGAGGAAAUUCAAGUAGAGGUCUUGAAAGGCCAGCAAUUCUCCAAAGAAUAUGGAGCAAUAGCUCCCAUGCGCCAAAUUCCAGCAAUAGUUGAUGGACAUUUGAAGUUGAUUGAAAGUCAUGCGAUUCUUAUCUACUUAUGUUGUUCAUUUCCUGGAGUGGCUAGCCACUGGUAUCCUGGUGAUACACAAAAGAGAGCUAAGAUCCAUUCCAUUUUAGAUUGGCAUCAUUCCCAUUUACGUCGUGGUGCAGCUGGACUUGUAUACACCACCAUCCUGGCACCACUAAAUGACCUCCGUUCAUUCCUUCAGAUAGUCAUUCAAGCUGAAGAGAUACUCCUGAGAUCUUUGUCUGAAUUAGAAAAUGUUUGGUUAAAAUUAGAUGGAAGCUUUUUGGGUGGAAGCUCUCAACCAUCAAUUGCGGAUCUCAGUUUAUCAUGUGAAGUCAUGCAACUUGAGCUUUUGGGUGAGAAGGAUUACCAUCGUAUAUUAAGCCCUUACAAGAAAGUGAAAAAGUGGAUUGAAGACGUUAGGAGUGCGACUACACCUUAUUUUGAUGAAAUUCAUGAGUAUCUCUUUGAAUACCAAAAAGGAAUUCGAGAGCAAAUGGCAACACAAUCAGGGAAAAAUAAAGGGAGGGCGAAGAUGUGACAUCACUCAACCUUUAUUCAUUUAAUAAAAAAUUUCAAGAUUAUGUAACCAUCAUU